AUGUCGGGGAGCAUGCAGGGACACGACGGAUCGGCAGUCCAGCAGUUCAGGGAGCAGCAGGCGGUCUACAACCGACCGGACUACCAGGCCGUGCAGGACAUUUACUGGACCCGCUCCAGGCAGAAGCGUUCAACACCGACGCCAGUGGCGAGCAGCACGGUCACACCGCAAGAGGAGGAGGCAACUGGUGCAGGCAUGGACGUCGAAGGUGCUGGAGCCACCGACGAUGGACCAUCCCUGCUGCAGCCUUUCUCCCUCCAAGACCAAGCCGCCCUUGAGGUUACAGCUGGUCACCUCGGUGUGGACAUCAACCAGCGCGGCAAUGUCGAGGCCUGGCUUCAGCAACCGGUGGCCAACAACAAGCAGGUGUUCGAUAUGCUGCGAGUGUACCAUGAGCGUGUAAUUCGUCCUGAGUACUACGCCCUAGUCUGCCAACUUGAAGCUGGGUUGAAGACGAUCGACAACCGUGUUUUCGCGGUUCGCCAAGAGCUCUCGUGGAUGAGCUCCGAAAAUCGACUCGCCCAAAAGCACGCAUGUGGACUUCAGUUGCUGACGACGGGAUGGCCGGAGCACAUGUCACCGGCAGACCGGGUCUAUAUGGUGGGGUGGAUGAUCUCCCAAGUGGAGCCCCUCAAGAACUUUCUGGUACUCCGCGGGUUUGUCACCGACCACACCGCGCAUGAGAUGCCGCGAUUUUUAAAUGUUCUUUCACAAGAACCCACCACCAUCCCAGCAAAGGAUGGCUUUUUCUCGACCAUGACGCUGCUCACUUUUAAGUCGUGGGAUACCCGCCAAGCAUUUAUCCAACGAUAUGGGGGCAGCUCUGGUGUUCCAGUGUACAAAGAUGAGGCGACACCUGUGCAUGGAAAGCAUGUGCGGGUUGCCCCGAGCAGCCCGCAGUGGCAACGAAAGUUGGAGGCCCCACUCCGCAUUGUCAUGGGUUGCAUCAACAAGCACCCUGACCAUGCCGCCCAGACCAAGCUGACAAUUUUGUGGAAGAGCCUGACGAUCAUGGCCCCACAGCAGGACAACGAGUUCCAUGCCGACGCCACGGCGUGGGCUCGACUUUUUUACAGUCAGUCUGAGGGCACUUUUCAGGGCCGUCUGGAGGUCGUGCCGGAGUUGAGCGCGAUCCUCUCGACCAAACCGCCCCUACCUGAUUCCGAGGAGCCGACACUGUGGUCGGAGACUUGGAAUCAGAUCAUGUGGGGUACCCAGCUUGAGCUCGACAAAGCCGAAGCCCAAGCGUUUUCGGAAGCCUCCAGGGCAGCCGCAGGCACCGGAAAGGGCCUUAACAUGGGCAAGGGCAAACGCCAUUGGAGCCAAGUGGCCAUACAUGCCAAUGCCUAUGAGCCGUAUCCUUUUGAGUUGACUUUGCAGGUCGUCGACCAAAUCUAUUUUGCGUGGGACGAGUACUGCGAUAAGUUUCGAAUGGAGUCGGAAAAAAUCGGUGAUUAUUCGGUGGCCACAACGCGAGGAAAGCCACCCGCAGGAGUCGGUGCAACACUCCGUGCGGAGCAGGAGGCAACUUUUGCCUCGACCACAACGCCCUUUUCCUCUUUGUUGGAGGGCGCUAAUUCGCAAUCCUCGCAGACACCGAUCACCCCGACUCCUUCCAAGGGCGGCAAGGGCGGUGCCAAAGGCAAGAAGCCGUGA